AUGAAAAGAACUCCUCUAGAAGUCGAGAAAGUCACUACUCUUUCCUCUGAGCAGGUAUUUGACCAAGCCCGAGAAGAUGAAACGAGCUCGAACGAACAGAGGAGUAAGGAUUCCUUAUGGAGAAGAUUUUACCAAAAGCUAGAAAUUAAAGAGCAAGGAGAUUUUACUGCAACCCAGUUGUUCUUGUAUAAUCAUGACUUACGUCCUGUUGAGCAGGCACGAAGAACUUGGGGUUGGCAUAACUAUGUUUUCUUCUGGGUUGCAGAUUCAUUCAAUAUUAACACCUGGCAGAUAGCUGCUACAGGCAUUUCCGACGGUGGAAUGACAUGGUGGCAAACAUGGCUUUCAGUCUGGGUGGGAUACGCUCUCUGUGGUAUCUUUGUUAGCAUAGGGGCUAGAGUAGGAAUAUUGUACCAUAUUUCCUUUCCUGUUGCAGCAAGAUCAUCAUUUGGUAUUUUUGGAAGUAUAUGGCCUGUCUUGAAUAGAGUAUUCAUGUCUGCAGUAUGGUAUGCUGUCCAAUGUGCAAUUGCAGGGCCCUGUAUUAGUGUGAUGUUGAGGGCUGUUUUCGGAAGAGAUUUGGACAAGACUAUGCCUAACGGUAUCAAAAAUGAUCCUGACCUUACAACGUUCACGUUUUUAUCAUUUUUUUUAUUUUGGUUAUUCUCAUUACCAUUUAUAUGGUUUCCUCCGCAUAAGAUAAGGCAUUUGUUCACUUUUAAAGCCUAUGUUGUACCAUUUGCUGGCUUUGGUUUCAUGAUUUGGGCACUUGUUAAAGCAAAGGGAGCUGGUCCUGUGAUUCGUGCUAAAGGAAAAAAGGAAGGUUCUGAAUUAGCGUGGGCUUUCAUUGAAUCUACAAUGAAUGCAUUGGCAAAUUUUGCGACCUUGAUUGUGAAUGCUCCUGAUUUUUCACGUUUCGCAACCAAACCUUCGUUCUCAAUGAAAUAUUUGGUGUACUCACUUUCAAUACCGUUAUGUUUUUCAAUUACUGCGUUGAUUGGGAUAUUGGUCUCUUCGGCUGCCUCAGAGUUAUAUGGUGAACCGUUUUGGAACCCACUUGAUGUUUUAGGUAGAUUUUUGGAUAACUAUACUGCUGGAAAUAGGGCAGGGUGUUUUUUGAUAGCUUUCGCGUUUGCAAUUGCACAGUUGGGGACGAACAUUUGUGCCAAUUCAUUAUCUUUCGGAACUGAUGUUACGGCGAUGUUACCCAGAUUUUUAAAUAUUAGAAGGGGGGGAUAUAUUUGUGCUAUGUUGGCGCUUCCUAUAUGUCCAUGGAAAUUGACAAGUAGCUCGAGUACCUUCACGACUUAUUUAUCAGCCUACACAGUUUUUCUCUCAUCAAUAGCCGGUGUUGUCGCAAGUGAUUACUUUUAUGUUCGAAGAGGUUAUAUCAAAUUGUCACACUUAUACUCGUUGUUUGCUCCCGAAAAUCCUAGUAAGCCUUCUUUCUAUAAAUUCAACAAGAUUGGUUGUAACUGGAGAGCUUACGUUGCUUACAUUUGUGGCAUUGCACCAAAUAUUACUGGUUUCGUUGGUAGAACAAAGACCCAUCAUGUUCCAGCUGGAGCCGAAUAUGUUUAUAAACUAAACUUCUUCAUGGGGUUUUUUCCUGCGUUCCUUGUUUAUGCUUUUUUGAGCUACUUGAGUCCGGUUGCAGGUACGCCAGAGAUCAGCCCUUUCGAUAGAUCAUGGUACGAAGAAUGGCAAGACGUAGAAGAUUUCGAGGAUGAGUUGGCAGGCCAUAUUGUCCAUCAAGGGAUUGACCCAACGAUGAGUUACACAUCAGGAAGAUCUGAAAAGGAUACAAUUAAAGAUUCUGUAGUUUAG